AUGUCAUCGAGGACCCAGCUCCCAACCGUACCGCCGACCAUGCGUGCCUGGGUAUGCCGGCGGCGCGGUCCUGCUUGUAGCACUCUCGAGCUGGUCACCGACCAUCCAACACCCGACGUGCCCACGGGCUCAUCGUCCGACGUCCUAAUCCGCGUGUCAAACGUAUCACUACAAUUUAGUUCUGAGAUGUUGAUGAAGUCAUUGCCUAAAAUGCCUUUUACUAGCCCAUGGGUCCCGGAGAUUGAGCUUUCAGGUGUGGUAGUAGCGGCUGGCGGGGGUGCACCGGCAGAGGUACGCGAUCCGGGCUCCCAUGUUAUUGCCUUUCAGAAUAUUCCUACCGCCGUGGUUAUGGGCCGCGGUGUGCUGGCAGAGUAUGUGCGACUUCCUGGGCGCCAGGUCGCACGUAUCGAUGACGGUGUUGAUAUGGCGUCGGCCUCGGGCAUCAUCGGGUCCGGUUGCACCGCGCUUAAGAUGAUUCGCGCAGGAGGUGUGCGCGAGGGCCACACAGUGCUCGUGAAUGGGGCUAGCGGGUCGGUCGGUUCGGUGCUCGUGCAGCUGUGCAAGCUGCGUGGUGCAAAGGUGGUCGGCGUGGCCAGUGGAGGCAACGAGGCUAUGGUUCGUGAUUUGGGUGUAGAUGAGUUCAUCGACUACCGCAAACAUGAACCGCUGCCAGCCUACCUAGCGCAUCAGUAUGGCGACAAGCCGUUUGACUUUGUGCUUGACUGUGUCGGCACGCAAGCACUUUUUGUCAACUCCCCAGCCUAUCUUAAGCCUAAGGGAGCUUUUAUAAACAUCGGUGUGCUUGAGGGCAUGUUUGUAACGUCGUGCAAUGCGCUGCUCAAUAGCUGGCUCCCCACCUGGCUGGGUGGCGUGCAGCGUCGCUUUAUAAUGUUCAGCACGCCCCCGGCGCGUGACGAUGCAGUCUACCUAGCACGCCUCAUCGAAGAGGGUCGCUUGCGUAUUCCUGUGGACUCUGUCUUCGAGAUGAAGGAUGCUAUACGCGCCUACGAGCGUAUCGCCACACAACGUGCGCGUGGCAAGGUCGUGGUCAAGGUGCAUGAAGACUAA